AUGCAGAGCGCGAGAGAAGCGAGAGGUGCAAUAGCCCCGCUGCGAGCUCUGAUUUUCCAGAUAGCCCCGCUGCAAGCUCUGAUCUUCCAGAGAGCUACAUUGCGAGCUCUGAUCUUCCAGAGAUCCACGCUGCAAGCUCUGAUCUUCCAGAGAUCCACGCUGCGAGCUCUGAUCUUCCAGAGGGCUACAUUGCGAGCUCUGAUCUUCCAGAGAUCCACGCUGCAAGCUCUGAUCUUCCAGAGAUCCACGCUGCGAGCUCUGAUCUUCCAGAGGGCUACAUUGCGAGCUCUGAUCUUCCAGAGAUCCACGCUGCAAGCUCUGAUCUUCCAGAGAUCCACGCUGCGAGCUCUGAUCUUCCAGAGAGCCACGCUGCGAGCUCUGAUCUUCCAGAGAGCCAUGCUGCGAGCUCUGAUCUUUCAGAGAGCCACGCUGCGAGCUCUGAUCUUCCAGAGAGCCAUGCUGCGAGCUCUGAUCUUUCAGAGAGCCACGCUACGAGCUGAGAUCUGCCAGAGAGCCACGCUACGAGCUCAGAUCUGCCAGAGAGACGUCACGCUUCCUCCUCCUCCGCUCGACUUUGAGGACGACGCGCUUCCUCCUCCUCCGCUUGUCUACAAGGACGUCGUGCUUCCUCCUUCUGCGCUCGACUACGAGGAUGCUUCAAUGUCUGCUCCGUCACCCUGCUCCGGUGGACCUCCGAUGGCACUCCAGAACUGGGUGGCAACCAGGGAUAGUCUGGUGACAACUGGAGAGACAGUUGACAGCUCGGAAAGACGGCAACCGGGGCAGGGAGGGUUAGCACCCCAACCUGCGUCUUCCGUGAGGAAGAAACCCAAGCGUGCUACGGAAAAGCCUUCUGAGAUAUACCCCCAGGGGAGCCCGAGAGGGGGGGAGAAUGAGAGCCCCAUUCAGACUGACCACACGGCAUCGACAUACGGCAAUGGAAAUUUGACCACGAAUGCACAAUGCAUCUGCGGAAAAGUGUGUAAGAACUCGCGUGGCCUUAAGAUUCAUCUGGCCAGAAUGAAGUGUGGGGACCAGAGGAGCACACUGCAACGCACAGGACCUAGUCCUGGUGAGACGCAGGAGGGGCCAGGCCAGGAAGCACCCCACAGUGCCCAGCCCCUCCGAGCAGUAAAGCCUCUGUACCCCUGCAGGUCAUUCCAUCAGAAGCAGAUCAAGUGGCCUUCAGCCAAUAGCCAGGCAGCAUGGGCACAGUUUGACACAGAUGUGAGCCUGAUCCUGGAAGCCACCGCUAAGGGAGAAGUGGACAGGCGCCUCAAGACCAUGACAUUCAUCAUAGUCAGCUACGCAGUAGAGAGGUUUGGCCUCAGGGAGAGCAAGAACCCCAAGAAAUAUAUAUUGAAUCGCCGGGCUACUCAGAUCCACAAAUUACGCCAAGAACUGCGGGGCCUAAAGAAGCAGUACAAAGUAGCAGGUGAAGAGGAGAAACAACCCCUCGUUGAGCUUCGUAACAUCCUGAGGAAGAAGCUCAUGACGCUGCGGCGGGCAGAAGGACACCGAAGGCGAAGAAAGGAGAGAGCAAGGAAGCGUGCGGCGUUCAUCUCCAACCCAUUCACCUUUACCAAGAGGCUGCUUGGGGAUAAACGGAGUGGCAACCUUAGGUGCUCAGUGGCAGAGGCAGACACCUUUCUGCACAACACCCUCAGCGACCCAGAGAGGGACCAAGACCUGGAACCGCAGAGGACCCUCAUCAGCCCACAGGCGCCUGCUGUGGAGUUUGUGAUGAGGGAGCCCAGCUGGGCUGAAAUACAGGAGGUGGUGAAGAGCGCCAGAACAGCGUCAGCCCCAGGCCCCAGCGGUGUUCCAUAUACUGUGUACAAACGUUGUCCACAAUUACUACGACAUCUGUGGAAGCUGUUGAGGGUGAUUUGGCGCAGGGGACAAGUGGCAGGUCAAUGGAGAUGUGCAGAGGGUGUGUGGAUCCCGAAGGAAGAAGACUCAAAGGACAUCAGUCAGUUUAGGAUAAUCUCGCUGCUAAGCGUCGAAGGCAAGAUUUUCUUCAGCAUCUUGUCACGACGUCUAACUGAGUUCCUUCUGAAGAAUAGUUAUAUAGACAUCUCUGUUCAGAAGGGUGGGAUUCCUGGAGUGCCUGGAUGCCUGGAACAUACAGGAGUGGUUACACAACUCAUCAGAGAGGCUCGUGAAGGGAAAGGAGACUUGACCGUACUGUGGCUGGACCUAGCCAAUGCGUAUGGCUCCAUACCUCACAAGCUGGUUGAGGUCGCCCUCUUGCGACAUCAUGUUCCCACUAAAGUCAAAGACCUUAUCCUGGACUAUUACAGCAAUUUCAAGCUAAGAGUCACUGCUGGGUCAGGCACAUCGGACUGGCAUCGACUUGAGAAGGGCAUAAUAACAGGCUGUACAAUCUCAGUCAUCCUUUUUGCACUCGCCAUGAACAUGAUAGUCAAGUCAGCAGAGGUGGAGUGUAGGGGACCCCUGACAAAAUCUGGAGUACGCCAGCCCCCUAUAAGAGCGUUCAUGGAUGACCUAACUGUCACCACCACAUCUGUCCCGGGCUGCAGAUGGAUUCUGCAAGGGCUGGAGAAGCUCAUCACAUGGGCAAGGAUGAGCUUUAAACCAGCAAAAUCAAGAUCUCUGGUGCUCAAGAAGGGGAAGGUGACAGAUAGGUACAGCUUCUCACUGGCUGGAACCACCAUCCUGUCUAUUACGAAACAACCAGUCAAGAGCCUAGGUAAGGUCUUUGAUAGCAGCCUCAAGGACACUGCGUCCAUUCAGAGAACCAGCAAGGAGCUGGGGGGCUGGUUGAGAUGUGUUGACAGAUCUGGCCUGCCAGGGAGAUUCAAGGCUUGGAUUUAUCAACAUUCCAUCCUGCCCCGCAUCCUGUGGCCGCUGCUAGUGUACGCAGUACCCAUGACGACUGUAGAGGCCAUGGAGAGAAAGAUCAGCAGUUACUUGCGAAGAUGGCUUGGCCUACCCCGAAGCCUGAGCAGCGCUGCACUGUAUGGCAGUAGUAACAUCCUGCAGCUUCCGUUCAGUGGACUCACUGAAGAGUUCAUGGUAACCAGGACUCGGGAAGCCCUGCAAUACAGGGAAUCCAGGGAUGGAAAAGUGGCAUCGGCUGGCAUCCAGGUGAAGACAGGUCGGAAAUGGAGGGCCGAUGAGGCUCUGGAAGUGGCCGAGUCGCGACUGAGGCAGAAGGUACUUGUCGGGUCCAUAGCCUCAGGGCGCGCAGGAAUUGGCUAUUUUCCAUCAACCAGGGUGGACAAAGCCCAAGGUAAACAGCGGCAGCGCCUCAUUCAGGAGGAAGUGAGGGCAGGUGUGGAGGAAGAACGAGCCAGCAGGGUGGCGGGAAUGAGGCAACAAGGAGCAUGGACUAAAUGGGAGAAUGUUCUUCAGCGGAAGAUCACCUGGCCCAACAUUUGGAGAACAGACUCCCUCAACAUCAGGUUCCUAAUCCAAGCUGUUUAUGACGUCCUACCAACUCCAUCCAACCUCCAUGUCUGGGGCAAAGCAGAGACACCAUCCUGCACUCAGUGUCCAGGACGGGGGUCCCUGGAACACCUCCUCAGCAGCUGCCCAAAAGCCCUUGGAGAGGGGCGUUAUCGCUGGCGCCACGACCAGGUGCUAAAGGCGGUUGCUGAGAGCAUAGCCAAGGCCAUUAACACCACCAAGGGCCACAGCAAGCCUAAGACCAUCAGGUUUCACAGAGCUGGAGAGAAGCCCACCAUCCCAGCAGGGGGCAGGUUAGGUCUCCUCACCACUGCCACGGACUGGCAGCUGGAAGUGGAUCUGGGCAAACAGCUGAAGAUCCCAUCAAGGAUAACAUCUACACGGCUCCGACCAGAUAUGAUCAUUGUUUCGGAUUCCACCAAGCAGUUAAUCAUUCUGGAACUCACAGUUCCCUGGGAAGAACGCAUGGAGGAGGCAAAUGAGAGGAAGCGUGCCAAGUACCAGGAGCUAGUGGAGGAGUGCAGGAGCCAAGGCUGGAAGACCUACUGCGAACCCCUGGAGGUGGGAUGCCGAGGAUUUGCAGGGCGGUCCCUCUGCAAAGUGCUCACUAUGCUAGGCCUCACUAGUGAGGCAAAGAGGAAAGCCAUUAGGUCUGCAACUGAAGCCGCAGAAAGAGCCACAAGAUGGCUUUGGAUUAAGAGGGCUGACCCGUGGAUGAAUGCUGCUGGGACACAGGCCGGAGUCUGA